AUGGAAUUUGAUGGGGAUACACCCAUAGGGGGUGGGUCGCCAGUCCCACUCGCCGUGAAGAAGGGAGACCCACCAAGCUCAUACCGGCCGGCUUCGACUCCCCUCGCGCGCGCCUGGGUGGUGCCGGUUGGCACCAUCAACCUCUUCGUCGGGCUCACCGGAAUCAGUGACCCCGACGAAACUCGCCCCAGCCAGGUGCACGAUCCCUUCGCGCCAGGGCAACUCCUCACCGCAACUCUCCCCCUCACGGGCGAGGUUCAAACGGAGGCCGAGCAAGCCCUGGAAGAUGAUGCCGACUCGGCUGGCGCAGCGUCAACCGCCGAGUCCAUCGCCACAGCGUCGGUCGCUGGGUCCAUAGUCGCAGCCUCGCUCGGGGACUCCAUCGUCCCAGUCUCCAACCCGAGCGACUUCGAGGACGACUCCGUCCUCCCCCUCUUCAUCCCCCUCUUCAGCAGCGACUCCGACUCGGACUCAGUCGGCGCGACUCGGCACCAAUACCCCACUGCCAUCUUCAUUGCGGCUGGUGAGGGAGAUCAACCUCCGCAGGAUCCCUUCUCCACGCCGCUACCUCCCACCGCCACCGCGGCCGAGAUCGAGGCACAUCGAGCGGCCUUAGAAGAGCAACGGAAGAGGGAGCUCGUGGAGCGGCAAAAGUUCCGCCUUGAACAAGAUUCGGUGAGAGCCGUGUCCCAUUACCGCAACGAGCGAAAUCGCGCACGCAUGGAACGCAUCCAGGCACAAGGCUUCCCCAGUGCACGUCUCAACUUCGACGAUCCGGAUGGAGAAGUUCGGGUCGCCCGACCCACGAACCCCGACAUUCCAGAGUCGAGUUGGGUCGCCGCCGGAGGAGUAGCUCACGGAGCACCGCCACCCCCCCUCCACCUCCCGGAGGACGACCGCCUCCCCAAGCAGAGGUCGACGCCAACGGCCUGCGCCUCCAUUCGUCCCCAGCAGACAACGUCGCGGCGGCCCAAGCCGCCCUCGCCAACCUCCCUGAAACAGGGGAGGGUGCUAUCUUCGUUCAGCACGCCAAGGCAUUAG